AUGGUAGCAGAGGGUGCUGGGGUCAUCUCUGCUGCAGUAUCUAGCCUAAAUAAGUUUGCUAAUGAUGGAAGCUUUUUGCAUGAUUUUGGCAGCAAAAGGAGUAAUAAUUCUGAUGUCUCUGUUUUGGGAAGUGUUGAAUUAGAAAAAGUUUCGUUGGAAGCAAACACCCCUGGAGAAAGAAGUGCAGUAGUCAAGAAUGAGAUGAGUGCAAACCAGUUGGCAGCUAAGGCUAUGCAACUUCGAUUGAAGGGAAAGCAUGAAGAAGCUGAGAAACUGAUGUCUAUCUUGAAAUAUGACUGCCUUCAUGGUCUCUGCUACAUUAUCAAGUUUGUUUUCCAUCAGAAUUUGCCACUGGUUAUUAAAAAUUUUCUGUCAGUCUUGCCUUUCACUUGCCCUGAAAUUAGACAUUUUGCUCUUCCUGGACCUCUCGUUCAUGCUUUCUAUGGAUUAUUCUUGGAAAUAGAAUCUCAAGAAGUAAAAGUUAUGAACACAAAACCGGAAAAUCAUGAUCAUUCAACUAGAUCAAGAACUGAUGGUGACAUUUCUUAUGCUGCACAAAAACUGGGUACGCUAUGCAAGCAAGAUAGGCAUCUUGCUUGCACGAUCAUGCAGAACAAGCAGUUUGAGGUUCCCACUCAGGCUGAUGAUGAAUAUGAUUUUGAUAGUGGUCCAAGCAGAAAGAGUAGAAAGAAGCAAGGAGGAGAUGAUCAGAAGAUCCAGAAAAAUACUAAUUGCAAACUUCACAUAACUUAUGUUGCCACAGUGGCAGCCAUUGGUUCCUGGUCAAUGCUGCAUUAUACCUAUUCAGAGAAGGAGGUAGUGUUGUUUGAGACUGUGAUGGGAUUGGCACCACAACGACGACAUUGUAGGGUUGAGUGCAUUCCUUUACCCCAAGAUAUUGCCAAAGGUGCUCCUCUGUACUUUAAAAAGGGUUUUGUCCAUGUUAUUGAUGAUGAAAAGCAGUUUAAUGGCAUUAUACAUUUGGCAGAAGAGGACAUGUACAGGCGACGACGCUACGAGGCCGUCGAGGUACAAAAGCAAGCAGUUGCAAGCUUUUUCAAAGAGUGGAAUCAUUUUGACUGGACAAAACAGCUUAAUGAAACUUCCUAA